UGCCGUCACUGCCUCCGCGAAGCGUGUACCGCCAUCAUAAGUCCUGGCGACCCGGCAGAGCUGCCUCGCUCCUCCUGCCCGCGGAGCAGCGGUGACGGGCUGGGGUUGUGCUGCCCCGCCCCGCCUGGCGGGUGGAACCGUGGGCCUCUGAGAGCCUGUCGAGGGGUUCGGACCAACAGCUUCAGGGGCGUACAGCGGAGCGGCGGACCCCCCAGGGGACAGCACGGGGGGGCGGUGCCCAGGGCCGCGCCCCGCCCCUCGCAAGCCUGCGCCGGGAGCCGGUGGCUCUUGCCCGUUUCCAGUAUGGCCGCCCACCGUGUCUGACUCGCAGCCUCUCCGCUUCGACUACUCGUAGGCUAUGCCGAGGCCGUGGCCGUGACUGACACACUCGCCCACACGCACGCACGGACCCUGAGCCCGAGCCCUGGGCCCGCCGCCACUCUAGCUCCGGCACCGCCGCCCCAACCCGGACCACGGCUCCCGCGCCGCCGCUUCGCCGAGAAGGGCUGCGACGGACCUUGAGCGCGGCGGCCCGCGGCCGGCAGGGAUGGGGAAGCGGGCGGGAGGAGCAACUGGAGCCGCUGCCGCCUCCACGUCCGCCGGGGCCGGUCUGGAGCCCGCGGCGAGCCGCGGCGGGGGUCCGCGGAGCGCAGCCGCGGGCCUCCUGGGAGCGCUGCACCUGGUGAUGACCCUCGUCGUGGCCGCGGCGCGGGCCGAGAAGGAAGCAUUUAUUCAGUCGGAGAGCAUCAUAGAAGUACUGCGUUUUGAUGACGGAGGGCUGCUACAGACUGAGACAACACUUGGACUCAGUUCAUAUCAACAGAAAAGUAUAUCUCUGUACCGGGGUAACUGCAGACCUAUACGAUUUGAGCCACCGAUGCUGGAUUUCCAUGAACAGCCAGUUGGAAUGCCAAAAAUGGAAAAAGUUUACUUACAUAAUCCUAGUUCUGAAGAAACUAUUACUUUAGUAUCAAUAUCUGCUACAACAUCACAUUUUCAUGCAUCAUUUUUUCAAAAUAGGAAAAUUCUUCCAGGAGGAAAUACAUCAUUCGAUGUAGUUUUUCUUGCAAGAGUAGUAGGAAAUGUAGAAAAUACUUUAUUUAUUAACACAUCUAAUCAUGGGGUAUUUACCUACCAGGUAUUUGGUGUUGGAGUUCCAAAUCCUUACCGACUGAGGCCGUUCCUUGGGGCCAGAGUCCCUGUGAAUGGCAGUUUCUCACCUAUAAUCAACAUACACAACCCUCACAGUGAGCCUCUGCAGGUUGUAGAAAUGUACUCUAGUGGAGGUGAUCUUCACCUAGAACUUCCAACAGGUCAACAAGGAGGCACCAGAAAACUGUGGGAAAUUCCUCCUUAUGAAACCAAGGGAGUGAUGAGAGCCAGCUUUUCAUCCAGAGAAGCGGAUAACCACACAGCCUUCAUAAGAAUAAAGACUAACGCUUCGGACAGCACAGAGUUCAUCAUUCUUCCCGUCGAGGUCGAGGUUACAACAGCUCCUGGAAUUUAUUCCUCAACAGAAAUGCUAGAUUUUGGUACACUGCGAACACAAGAUCUACCAAAAGUUUUAAAUCUUCAUUUAUUAAAUUCAGGAACAAAAGAUGUACCAAUAACAAGUGUUCGACCUACACCACAAAAUGACGCUAUAACGGUACACUUUAAACCAAUUACCUUAAAAGCUUCAGAAAGUAAAUAUACCAAAGUCGCAAGUAUUAGUUUUGAUGCAUCAAAGGCAAAAAAACCAUCUCAGUUUUCUGGGAAAAUCACUGUGAAAGCAAAGGAAAAGAGUUAUUCUAAACUUGAAAUACCAUAUCAAGCAGAAGUGUUGGAUGGUUAUUUGGGAUUUGAUCACGCUGCAACAUUAUUUCACAUCCGAGACAGUCCUGCCGACCCUGUGGAAAGGCCAAUUUAUCUUACUAAUACUUUCAGUUUUGCGAUCCUCAUUCAUGAUGUAUUGCUACCAGAAGAAGCUAAAACAAUGUUUAAAGUUCACAACUUCAGCAAACCAGUCUUAAUUCUUCCAAAUGAAUCAGGAUAUAUUUUUACCCUGUUUUUUAUACCGUCCACAUCAUCCAUGCAUGUAGAUAACAACAUCUUACUUAUUACCAAUGCCUCUAAAUUUCAUUUGCCUGUGCGAGUAUAUACAGGCUUUUUAGAUUACUUUGUAUUACCUCCCAAAAUAGAGGAGCGUUUCAUAGAUUUUGGUGUACUGAGUGCUACAGAAGCAAGUAAUAUUUUAUUUGCAAUUAUAAACAGCAAUCCAAUUGAGUUGAUGAUAAAAAGUUGGCACAUCAUAGGAGAUGGUUUAUCAAUAGAACUCGUAGCUACUGAAAGAGGCAAUAGAACCACAAUAAUUUCAAGCCUUCCAGAGUUAGAAAAAUCCUCUUUACCAGACCACUCAUCAGUGAUACUAGCUUCAGGCUAUUUCGCUGUGUUCAGAGUCAAACUUACUGCAAAAAAACUGGAAGGGAUUCAUGAUGGAGCCAUACAGAUCACAACAGACUAUGAGAUCCUGACGAUUCCUGUGAAGGCUGUGAUCGCAGUGGGCUCGCUGACUUGCUUCCCGAAGCACAUGGUCCUUCCUCCAUCCUUUCCAGGGAAGAUAGUUCAUCAAAGUUUAAAUAUUAUGAACUCCUUCUCACAGAAGGUAAAGAUACAGCAAAUACGAUCUUUGUCAGAAGAUGUGCGGUUUUACUACAAACGAUUACGGGGCAAUAAGGAAGACUUGGAGCCAGGGAAAAAAUCAAAGAUUGCAAACAUUUAUUUUGACCCUGGACUGCAGUGUGGGGAUCACUGCUAUGUUGGCUUGCCUUUUCUGUCCAAAUCUGAACCCAAGGUGCCGCUGGGCAUGGCAAUGCAAGAGGAGAUGUGGGAUGCUGACUGGGAUCUGCAUCAAAGCCUGUUCAAAGGAUGGUUGGGAAUAAAGGAAAACUCAGGUCAUAGAUUGAGCGCUUUAUUUGAAGUAAAUACAGACCUUCAAAAAAACAUACUGUCGAAAGUCAGCGCCGAGCUCUCCUGGCCUUCCAUACUUAGCUCGCCCCGGCGCUUGAACUUCCCACUCACAAACACAAACUGUUCCUCAGAAGAAGAGAUUACUUUAGAAAACCCUGCAGAUGUUCCUGUUUAUGUUCAAUUUAUUCCUCUGGCUUUAUAUUCCAACCCUUCAGUCUUCGUUGAUAAGUUAAUGUCAAGGUUUAACUUGAGUAAAGUGGCCAAGAUAGAUUUAAGAACACUAGAAUUCCAAGUCUUCAGAAACAGUGCUCACCCACUGCAGAGUUCAGCAGGAUUUACAGAGGGCCUCUCUCGACAUUUAAUUGUAAACCUAAUUCUAAAACCUGGAGAAAAGAAGUUUGUCAAAGUAAAGUUUACCCCGAUGCACAACAGAACUGUUUCUUCCCUAAUCAUAAUCAGAAAUAACCUGACUGUGAUGGAUGCUGUGAUGGUCCAAGGACAAGGAACAACCGAGAACCUGAGGGUGGCAGGCAAGCUUCCAGGUCCAGGGAGUUCCCUACGCUUUAAAAUCACAGAAGCAUUACUAAAAGAUUGUACAGAGAGUUUGAAACUAAGAGAGCCAAAUUUCACAUUGAAAAGAACAUUUAAAGUAGAGAAUACAGGACAACUUCCAAUUCACAUAGAAACCAUUGAAGUCAGUGGGUACUCCUGUGAGGGGUAUGGCUUUAAAGUUGUUAACUGUCAAGAGUUUGCACUGAGCGCCAAUGCCUCGAAAGACUUAAUUAUAUUGUUUACUCCUGAUUUCACAGCUUCUAGAGUUAUUCGUGAACUGAAGUUUAUAACAGCUAGUGGCUCUGAAUUUGUAUUUGUAUUGAAUGCAUCCCUUCCAUACCAUAUGUUAGCAACCUGUGCAGAAGCCCUACCCAGACCCAACUGGGAGCUGGCUCUAUACAUCAUCAUCUCAGGAAUAAUGAGCGCCCUGUUUCUCUUGGUCAUCGGAACAGCCUACUUAGAAGCUCAAGGAAUCUGGGAGCCAUUUCGCAGGCGGCUGUCCUUUGAGGCCUCAAACCCGCCCUUUGAUGUAGGAAGACCAUUUGAUCUCAGGAGAAUCGUUGGUAUUUCGUCUGAAGGAAACUUGAACACACUCAGCUGUGACUCCAGUCACAGUCGGGGGUUCUGUGGAGCAGGCGGCUCGUCAUCCCGACCCAGUGCAGGGAAUCACAAGCAGUGUGGCCCAUCAGUCCACCCGCACGGCAGUCACAGCAAUAGAAACUCAGCUGACGUGGACAACGUCAGAGCCAAAAACAGCUCUAGUACCUCUAGCAGGACUUCUGCACAGUCUGCUAGCAAAACCAGCACCCUUGCCCUAGACUCAAAUGCAGUGGCCCAGGCUCAUACAGCUGGCAGAAAGUCCAGAGGGCCGAAACAGAGCCAGCACGGCAGCCAGCAGCAUGUCCACAGCGCACUGGAGCAGCACACUCCCCCAUCACCAGCACCACCAGUGCCUCAGCACCCAGAGCCACAGCCAGGAAGGCUGUCCCCCGCCCCUGUCACCCUCCCUUCCCACCCAGAAUGUGCCAGCAACACAAGGCACAGCUCAGAAGAUUCCGACAUCACCAGUCUCAUAGAAGCCAUGGACAAAGACUUCGACCACCAUGACUCCCCAGCCCUAGACGUGUUUACAGAGCAGCCACCAUCACCGCUGUCUAAAAGCAAAGGGAAAGGAAAACCUCUUCAACGCAAGGUUAAACCACCUAAGAAGCACGAGGAGAAGGAGAGGAAGGGAAAGGGAAAGCCCCAGGAGGAUGAGCUGAAAGACCCCUUGGCUGACGAUGACAGCUCGUCCACUACCACAGAGACCUCGAACCCAGACAUAGAGCCCCUCCUCAGAGAGGAGACAGAAAAGCAAAAGGGAAGACAAGCCAUGCCCGAAAAACAUGAAAAUGAAAUGUCUCAAGUGAAGCAAAAAAACAAAAAACUCUUCAGUAUUAAGAAAGAAAUCCCAACAGAUGUGAAACCCAGUUGUUUAGAGCUGCCAUACCCGCCACCGCUGGAAAGUAAACCACGGAGAAACCUCCCAACCAAGAUCCCUCUCCCAACUGCAUUGACGAGCGGCUCCAAACCACGGGGUUCCCAGAAGACAAAAGGUACAAAUAAGUUAGUGGAGACCAGGCCGCCUGCCCUAGCCAAGUUUCUCCCAAGUAGUCAAGAACUAGGCAGCACCAGCAGCUCAGAGGGUGAAAAAGACUCCCCACCGCCAGAGUGGGACUCAGUGCCAGUCCACAAACCCGGCAGCUCUACCGAUAGUCUUUAUAAACUUUCUCUGCAAACCCUCAACGCAGACAUUUUCUUAAAGCAACGCCAGACCUCGCCGACACCUGCCUCUCCAUCUCCCCCUGCCGCACCAUGCCCACUCGUGUCCCGCAGCAGCUACAGCAGCAUCGUCAACAGCAGCUCCAGCAGUGACCCUAAAACGAUGCAUCCAAAUGGAAGCAAACACAAACUGGCAAAAGCAGCCUCGCUUCCUGGCAAGAAUGGCAACCCCACUUUUGCUGCAGUCACAGCUGGCUACGACAAGAGCCCGGGUGGGAAUGGCUUCACUAAAGUUUCUUCACACAAAACAGACUUUUCCAGCAGCCUUGGCAUCUCACACACUCCUGUAGACAGCGAUGGAUCAGACAGCUCGGGUUUGUGGAGUCCCGUCAGCAACCCCAGCAGCCCUGACUUCACACCCCUCAAUUCGUUCUCCGCCUUUGGGAAUUCUUUUAACCUAACCGGUGAAGUUUUCAGCAAACUUGGGUUAUCUCGAUCAUGCAAUCAGGCCUCACAAAGGAGCUGGAAUGAGUUUAGUAGUGGCCCUUCGUACCUGUGGGACUCGCCAGUGACAGAUCCCAGCCCUUCCUGGCCAGCCAGUUCCGGUUCUCCCACCCACACGGCCACAUCGAUCCUGGGCAACACCAGCGGUGUGUGGUCCAGCACUCCGUUCAGCAGCUCCAUCUGGUCCAGCAACCUUACCAGUGCCCUGCCCUUCACCACUCCAACCAGCACGCUGACCAGCAUCGGCCUCAUGGGCACAGAGAACUCUGCUCCUCACCCCCCUUCCUCCUCCGCUCCGGCUGAGGACUUGGGACAGACCUACAACCCCUGGCGCAUAUGGAGCCCCACAAUCGGAAGAAGGAGCUCUGACCCAUGGUCGAAUUCACACUUCCCUCAUGAGAACUGCAAUUAGGUGCACACACAAAAAAAAAACAGUGGGGCCCCUCGUCUAGAUCAUAUGCCAGCUUCUGAGACGUCUCUGAGGCUCUCACUGCUGUAGCAUCCCACACCCCUCCCCCAUCUUUGCAAAACAGACUCAAGCAGGGCAGGCUUGGACCACUCGCUGCUUUCAGAUCUUUCUUGCAAUUAUGAUAACGUGAGAUUUGCUGUUGUGCUUUAGAGAAAAGUCUGAACUUGGCCACAAACUCUCAUAAGACCUGUACAUCUGAAAAUCUUAACUGUUACCAAUUUUCCACCACCAGUCUUCUUCCAUUCUUUAUCUGUAGGAAUACAAAUUUGCCAUUUCAGCUAAGGAAAUAAUUUUAGUUGAUUCAGAAGGCCUGGCAUGUGACAAUUUUAUUAAAUUACCAAGUACUAAGUUUGGUUUUUAAUAAUUUCACAAUAUUAUGCGCCAAGAUCUAAUUUUAAAAUUGUAUGAGGACUUUAUGCUGAAAAAUACAGAGUAUUUUUUUAAAAUAAGGCUGUCCUGGUUUAAAAGCUGAUUACAGAAAUGUAAGUCAACUUGAACAGUGAAUGAAUGUGAAAACAUUCAAUUGAGACCAUCUGCAUUUUCUGUGCUGUUUGUACUUGAGGUAUGUAACAUUUGUAUACCUGAACUUAUUUUAAAGAUAAACCGAAAUGCACAUAGCCCAGUCUUGGUACAAGAUUGAGUGUGUAUUUCUUAAAAGUACAACUUUGUGUUGUACUUUGAAAUAAAUGAUGCUUUUUUCAAAAGCCUUGAA